AUGGCGCCCUCCGCAAUCGAGGAGAGCUCCUUUAUCCUUCCCGACAAGAAGCGACCGCCUGAGCGCACCUAUCCUCCCGCGAAGAUCUUCCCCGUCCGCGAAGCCCGCUUCGAAAAACCAAUACCUGUGCAAGAAGACGGACGUCAGAAGGCUCUAGCGCAACCAUCCGGUGGCGCUGUCAUUGUCAUCGACAAUGGCUCCUCACACGUACGAGCCGGCUGGUCCUUCGAAGACACUCCCCGGCUUAGCAUCCCCCCGAUUAUGGCUAAAUACCGUGACCGCAAGCUUGGCAAGACAUACUCCUUCGCCGGAUCCGACUGCUACGCCGACACGACGGCCAAGGGCCAUGUGCGGUAUGCCUUUGAGGCUGGAACCGGCAUUGUCAGUUCGUGGGAUGUCAUGGAACACGUUCUAGACUAUGUGUUUCUCAAGCUUGGGAUGAAUGGUGUGGAUGGCGCCAUUGACAUGCCUAUCUUAAUGACCGAGGCGGUCGCUAACCUACCUUACUCCCGUAAAACCAUGACGGAAAUCCUGUUCGAGUGCUACGGUGUACCCUCCGUUACCUACGGGAUCGACUCUCUCUUCUCCUACAACUACAACGGUGGCCAAACCGGCUUGGUGGUGUCAUCCUCCUAUACCUCGACCCACGUUAUACCUGUGUACAACUCGAAGGCCAUGUUGGCACAAGCCACCCGCCUUAACUGGGGCGGAUGGCACGCGGCAGAAUAUCUCUUGAAGCUAAUCAGGCUCAAGUAUCCAUCUUUCUCAGGAAAGCUCAACCACUCCCAGGCCGAGUACAUGCUGCGCGACUAUGGAUAUGUAUCUACGGAUUACAACCAGGAGCUUCGAGGCUAUCUCGAUUGGACCGGCCUAGAGUAUCGCGACAUAGUGAUUCAGUACCCGUACACCGAGGAGGUGGUCAUACAAAAGAGCCAGGAGGAGUUGGAUCGCAUUGCGGAGAAGAAGAGGGAAAAUGGUCGAAGACUACAGGAGCAGGCUGCUAAGAUGCGCCUCGAGAAGCUCAUGCAAAAGGAGAAGCAGCUUGACCGGUAUAAGAAGAUUCAAGAGAAGCUGCCUGACCUGAACAAGAAGGAAACCAAGCGUCUAUUAGACGACAACGACCUCAAGGAUGAAGUGGCGCUGGAGAGGAUUAUCAGAGAUCUCGACAAGGCCGUACGGAAAGGCCGUAUGAAGGACGUAGGAGGCGAUGAGGAAGAGGCGGAGGUGCCUGUCUUUGACCUGCUCGAUAUUCCUGACGAGGAACUCGACGACGCCGGUAUUAAAGCCAAGAAGCAGCAGAGGCUGGCGAAAGCUAACUACGAUGCCCGCCAACGAGCAAAGGCUGAGAAGGAGGCCGAGAAGGCCAGGAUAGCAGACGAGAAGCGAAAGGACGAAGAGCGUCGUGAGAACGACCUCGAGUCCUGGCUGCAGGAACGCCACCAAGCACGCGCCGACACUCUACAGAAGAUGAAGGAAAAGGAGCGCCUGAAGCAGGACCUCGGCAACCGGAAAUCCCUCGCUUCCCAGAUGCGCAUGAAGAACCUAGCCAACCUCGCCUCGGACAACCCAACCAAGAAGCGGCGGCGAGGCGGAGACGACGACACCUUCGGCGCCGAUGACGAGGAUUGGGGCGUGUACCGCGACAUCGCCGACAACCCCUCGGACGACGAGGAGGAAGACCUCCUGGGCAAGCUCACGACCCUCGAGCAGGACCUCCUCCUCUAUGACGACGACUUCAACUACGACGACACCUGGGAGGCCCAAGCCGACUGGAGCAAAUCCCUCCUGCACGCCUGGUCGCGCGGACCCCGCCCCUUCAACCCGUCCUCGCAGGCCGAACUCAACCAGAUCCACCUCAACGUUGAGCGCAUCCGCGUCCCCGAGGUCCUCUUCCAACCUUCCAUCGCCGGCGUCGACCAGGCCGGGCUCGUGGAGAUCGCGGGGGACAUCCUCAACCAGCGCCUCGGCGGCAUGCCCAACCGCGACGACUUCCUCCGCGACAUCUUCCUUACGGGCGGCAACACGCUCUUUAAAAACUUCGACGAGCGUCUCCGGAACGAGCUAAGGGCCCUGCUGCCUGCGGGGUCGCCGCUGGUUCUGCGCCCCGCGAAGGAUGCUAUUCUUGAUGCGUGGAAGGGCGCGGCGAGGUGGGCGGGGACGUCGGCUUAUAGGGGUGCUGCUGUGUCGAGACAGGAGUAUGAGGAGAAGGGGUCUGAGUAUUUCAAGGAGCACAACCUUGGCAAUGCAUUUGUAUAG